AUGUUGAAGGAUGACUUCUCAAUAUCGCAAUUGGCGAUACCUGCUGUCAGCUUUCUGAUCAGUUUCCUGGCAUACACAUCCCAAUACUUCUUCCAGCAUUUCGAAGCGGUACCAUUCCACAAAGACGAGUUCUGGAAGAUCAAUAUUUUUGCUUUUUGCAUCUGGAUCUGUUACUUUCGUGCCUGCUUUGUAGACCCUGGACGUCUGCCAUUAAAUGUCAAGACAUGUGUCUCGAAACAAUCGGAUCAAGACCCGGCGACCAUUCGGCAAAGAUGGUGUCGUAGAUGCGAAGCAGUCAAGCCUCCCCGUGCUCACCACUGUAAGACGUGCAAGAGAUGCAUACCAAAGAUGGACCAUCAUUGUCCAUGGACGUCAAAUUGCGUCUCGCACUUUACAUUCCCUCACUUCAUCCGCUUUCUGUUCUACGCAGUGGUCGGCAUGACUUACCUCGAGACCUCGCUUUGGGAACGAGUAUAUGCAGUCUGGAAGAGUAGAGACCUGCCCAGCUACCUCGGUCCAUCAAUCGGACAACUGAUCCACCUCUUUGUCCUCUUCGUGGUAAACAGCUUGACAGUCUUCGCUCUGUUGAUCCUACUCGUGCGAAGUCUCUGGUCUCUCAUGUUCAAUACAACAACCAUUGAGUCCUGGGAAAUCGAGAGACAUGAGACUCUUGUCCGUCGUGCUCGAGUGUUGGGAGGUUACCUCGAGGGACCAGGUGGGAGAAAGGUAGCCAUCAGGAAACAAGAAUUCCCGUAUGAUAUUGGCAUCUGGUCCAAUAUUAGAAAUGGGAUGGGAGGCAGUGCCAACGUCCUCAGUUGGUUUUGGCCGCUCGCAGCUACACCAGAUCGAAAGAAUGGCUGGGAGUACGAACCUCAAGCCGAAGAUGACUCAGCCCUACUACAAUCAUACACCUCAGCACAAGAGCAAGUCGAAGCGUUCCGCCGGCGCCAAGCCGAAGAUGCCAACAGGCGUAGACCCUUUUCUCAACUCCAAAAGCGCAAACGCUUCCACGAGCGAUAUAAGCAGCAACGGGGUGGAGUUAAGGGCGAGAGUGAUCCUGACGAGCGAGACGGGGCGAAGCCUUUGUAUGGUGAUCAGCCGGAGGAAGGGGAGGAGUCGUGGAGAAAUGCAGAGGGGGAGCGGCUUGGGGACUUUGGCGUGGAUGAGGAGGCAGAGUUUUAUGAUGAGGAUGAUGUUCCGUUGGGCGUACUUAUAAGGCAGCGGGGGUAUCGCUGA